AUGUUCAGUCCAAGCCCGGAAGAGGAGGAAAGAGGACCGUUAACACUCCCGAAAGAGGAGCCAUCCCAAUUUGACCCUUCAACAGGAUUGGGCGCCGGCCCACAGAGCCAAAACAACAAUUCGCUUGCUUUAAACCAAAAUUGGCUCUUUUUGACGAAGGAUCAAUGGCCUGCAAACAGCCCGGAUCUCAAUCCGUUAGACUUUUCGGUUUGGGGUUUUAUGGAAGAACAAUUGAGAAAUAGGAAAAUCAACAAUUUGAAUGAUUUGCGUCAAGAAUUGAUCAAAAUCUGGAACGACUUAGAUGCAAAUUAUCUCCGCCGCACCGUCGAUUCUGUAAAGAAGCGAAUUGAAGCCUGUAUCAAAGCGGAUGGAGGCCACUUUGAAAAUUUCUUG